CACUAAUGUCAGCUGGAUGUACAAUGUUUUGGUAUUUUUUCUUUAGUAAAAUAUGUGAAAGUUAAUCAAUUUUUAUAACUAGAUAAUGAUUCUUAAGUAGCAACACUAUACUCACUAUAGCAUAGCAUAGAAUAUAAAAAAUGAUUAUUUCAAGAGUCUUGCUCCUACGACCAUUCUAUAGAAACAAUUCUAGACCACGUAUUGAAUACUGUACAAUAAAAACUGAAGCGGAGAUAGAAAAAGAAAAGGAACUUGAGCGGAUAGCAAAUGACGCAUCAAUAGAUGAACCUCCAACAGCAUGCUGCCAAUCCGGCUGUGCCAACUGUGUCUUCAUUGUGUGGGCGGAGACCCUGAGUAAGAAGAUGAAUAACGCAGGCCCGGAGAUAGCAGAAAAGAUCAUGAAGUCGGUUCAAGACCCGUGUCUGAGAGCCUACUUGGAAAUGGAGCUAAGGCUGCGAGGAGUUAAGAAAUAGCUUCAUUUAGUUAGUAGAACUUAUACAGUCAGCAUAAAUUGUGCCAUUUUCAACCAAAAGGGUCUAAAGGGUCGAGGGGGGAGGGGUUAUUGUCGGUUGUCAAUAAGGCGCCAUUUCCAUAUAGAUUCAUUCAAUUCAAAAUCAACCUUAUCGACAAGCGACAAUGUGGUACCUUUUGGUUGAAAACGUCACAAUUAGAUAGUGACAGUCAAAGUGGCCAAAUAUAUUGUAACACACCUAUGUUACCAUAGAAAUAAGGAUGUGUUCCGAUAUAUUUGGCCACUUUACCGUCAUUAUCUAUUUGAUGCUACCUGUACAGUACGCACAUAAUAUUUAGCUAGUCAUAUUUUAGUCUAAACCCAAACUCAAAACCAAGUCAUUAAAAUCAGACCCAUUGGUUGUACUUAUAUUAUUUUUUUAAUUUAGUUUAGUUCCAUUACUUCCAUUAGUUUGUAAAUUUUAAAACCAUAGAAACAAAAGAUUACUUGUAAAACGUUGUUAGUAUUAAAUUAAUAUUGGACUGUAUUUUUAAUAAAUGGAUGCAAAAAGCAAAAGAAAGAAACAAAUGGAAAUGGAGGAGGUAUAUGUCAAAGGACGAGUUGAAGUUAAAGUUGUGAAACCAAAUUAAUAUAUUAUGCUAUGUACAAUCGAAGGCGAAAAUAUCGAUACAGAUAAAUGGCUCAAAAAUAUGUAAACACGACUUUAUUGUCUAAGGUGUAAGAGCGUACACAUAUUUUUGAAACUUUGGGAAUGUAUAUAUAUUUAUGCCCUUGACUGUACUGCAAACUUCAAUACUAAAGGCUAUUUACAUUAUAUUUUCAUUAGGUACCUUUUUAAUGUAAUACCAGUAGCAAAUUUUUAAAUUAAUAUUAAUACCUAUAAGGUAUCUAGUCUAAGAAAUAAAAUUAAUGUUACCAAUUAGUUGUUAAGUCAAAUAAAA